AUGAUACCUGCAGAACGACGUUUUAUGACUAGUGGCCUUGUCACCUUUGUUCAGGGUCUGGUGGGGAAGAAAGUGUUUGCGGAGCUUCGAGCCGGUGUAAUUGCAAUUGGCAUACUCAUUGACUGCGAUCAUUAUCUAAAUUUGCGGAUUCGUAAUGCCAUAAUACUUCGUGCACGAAAAGCAGAGCGUUUCGAGGAGUUUUUUGUUUCUGGACGGCAUUUGAGACACUGGGACAAAGGUUAUGAUGAAGACUACUGUCAGGGCUCCGUUUCCAAUAAGUCAUCUAAACUGAAAAAAGUCGAUUAA